UAGGGCCCGCCCGCCGCUUCCCCAGCACGGGGCGGGGGCGGGCCGCCGCCGGCCGCCGGCGCUGCCCGCCCGGCCCCUUCGCAGCGGGGCACUGACAGCUGCCCCGAGCGGGGCACCGGCACGGCUCGGCUCGGCUCGGCGCUCCCCUGGCCGGCAGGAGGCUGGCCGCCCACCCCCGGCCCCGCCGCCCCAUGGACCGCCGGCGCCUGGGCGGCGGGAGCGAGCCGCCGCUGUGAGCCCGGCCGGCGGGGAGCGGCGGAGCCCCCUCGCCGAGCGCCGAGCCUCCCCCGGCCCCCGGGCACCAUGGACAGUAUCCUGGAGCCCUUCCCCGCCGAGCGGCUCUUCCCCGCCGCCGGACCCGGCUUCCUCGACCUCGGCGACUUCAGCGAGGCGGAUUUCCUCAGCAAUGUGCAUUUCUCCGAGAACCUGGAUCACUUCUCCGACAACAUGGAGGAUUUCUCCAACGACCUCUUCAGCAGUUUCUUUGAUGACCCAGUGCUGGCUGAAAAGAACCCGCUGCUGGACAUGGACCUGGACCCACCCACUCCAGGCAUCCAGGCAGAGCACAGCUACUCCCUCAGUGGAGACUCUGCUCCCCAGAGCCCCCUCAUGCCUGUCAAGACUGAAGAUAAUGCUAACGAGCUGGAGAAUGGAGUGUGGUCUCUGGGGCCCAAGCUCUGCUCCAUCAUGGUGAAACAGGAACAGAACCUGGCUCUAGACCUGCCUGAGUCCCAGCUAGCUGCCAGCUCCAUACCAGUGCUGAACCUCAACCCUCUGCAGAGACUGCCAGUCCCCGAGGAGACUCCCAUAGAAAUGACUCCAGCACCUGUGAUCAAAGCUGAACCCAAAGAGGUGAACCAGUUUCUAAAUGUACCUGCAGAUGACCUGGUGCAGAUGCCUCCAACUCCGCCCAGCAGCCACGGCAGUGACAGCGACGGAUCCCAGAGCCCCCGGUCCCUGCCUCCCUCCAGCCCAGCCCGACCCGCUGCUCGCUCUUCUACUGCCAUCUCCUCCUCACCUCUCCUCACAGCACCACAUAAGUUACAAGGGACCUCUGGCCCUCUGCUCCUGACUGAAGAGGAGAAGCGCACCUUGAUUGCCGAGGGCUACCCGAUUCCUACUAAGCUGCCCCUCACCAAAGCAGAAGAGAAAGCACUGAAGAGGGUCAGGAGGAAAAUCAAGAACAAGAUCUCUGCUCAGGAGAGUCGCAGGAAGAAGAAGGAAUAUGUGGAGUGUCUAGAGAAAAAGGUUGAAACAUACACGACAGAAAACAAUGAACUCUGGAAAAAAGUGGAGACCUUAGAAAACGCAAACAGGACUCUGCUCCAGCAGUUACAGAAGCUGCAGGCUCUGGUAGCUGGGAAAGUCUCCAGACCUUACAAAAUGGCUUCCACACAGACCGGGACCUGCCUAAUGGUGCUGGCGCUCUGCUUCGUUCUGAUCCUCGGAUCCGUGAUGCCCUGCCUCCCGGAGUUUUCUUCAGCAUCACAGACAGUGAAAGCAACACCAGCACCAGACAUUUACACAAGUAGUAAGAUUCAGUCACGGAGCCUUCUGUUCUAUGAUGAGGGUGCUGGCUCCUUAGAAGAGAGCUAUAGCUCCUUCCUAACCAUGGACCAUCCUGAAGGGUGGGAGGCUGAAAAAGGGCAGUCUGACGAGCCAAGGCCUCAUCUGGCCAGGACACAUGAGACAGCCAAAUAUCUGAGCAAAUCCCGUCUGGAGAGUCCUGACCAGAACCAAACUGACCCAACUCUCACUCACCUCAAAGAGCAAUUCCAUGAGAGGGAGACAAGCUCCAGUGAGACAACUGAAUACUUGUAGCAGCUGCUGGACCUCAAGGCCUCAUCUGUCUGACUGCAGGAUUCCCUCCUCACCGAGCAACUGAGGGGACUUGGCAGGAGAGGACACUGCAUUCAGACACUCCUAAACUGGCCUUGGGUUCGGCUCCUCCCCUUCCCCAUGGCCCCCUUUGGUACUGAUCUAUCUCUUUGAGGGGAGUUGCAGAACUGCCAGAACCAGCAAUAAAAGUCUGGCAAAGUCCUGAGACGCCCUCUCCUCCUGGCCUUAUCUUCUGCUUGAAUGAGCACUACCCUAUGGGUGUGGGCUCACCUUGGAGUGGAGGGAGGUCAGGGGGAGGCUCCCAAACUAUUCAGCUCACUCCCUAAAGCCUCCAAGGGGGCUGUCCCCAGGCACGUACCCCUUGGCUACAUCAGAUGCACCUGAAGGAGAGAGAGAGAGAGAGUGCUGGAUUUUCUACCCUGCCUGAGGGACUUAGGAGUGGGUGAUGCUGCGGCUAGAGAGAUGACUCUGGAGAGUUUGAGCUCAUUCCUUCCCCUCCAUCUGUUAGUAUACUUCUGCCUCUGUUGAGAGAAAAACUAGUUCUUCCUUGCUCUAGUUUUCUCUUGAUGGAUGUGCCUACAUAACUUCCACGCCAACUAUCUGCAAAGAUCUGCACACAAACGGAGUGGGGGAGAGAGAUCCCAGACUGAGAUAAACCACCAUGAAAAUUUACUGGCAGCUUCUGGGCAGCCAGAGCUCUGAAACAGAGAACAAUUUUUCCCACAGCCCACUUCUCCCCACCCUCAGCACCCAUGCUUGGCAGGGGUGGCAUUUCCCUUUUUGUUCCCAGCUUGGGCCCUGCAGUGCAGUGCUAACCAGGUCAGUGGCUUUCCCACUUCCCGUUCUGCACGCCCCCUUGCUUUGAGAGCAGGUGCCAGAAAUUCAGUCCCAUAACCUGCUCCUUAUCACAGCUCUCCAUCCCCACUUCUGCUUCAUGCCAAAUGGGGUCUUCCUAGGAACCAUCGACAAGAGCUCUGGAGGGCUGUCAGAGAGCCAUCAUUCCCCUCACAUCCUCUGUGUGCCCAGCAGUGUUGUGAAAGCCACCGAGGACGUGCUGGCAUCUCUGGUGACGGGUACUUCUGUCAGCAAAGAGGUGGCAUGUUGGAAUUGGCCAGGGUAACCAAAGACUGUUUUAGACCUCCUCCUUCUCAGUGCUGGCACCAAAAGUACCAACCUCUUGCCAUACCACCCUUCGGGCCAAACUUGCCAUGUUUGGUGCUGAAAUGACCUCAUCUCAAGGCUGUUCUGCUCUCUUUAGCACCCAGACAUCCACUUCUGACCCUUCUUCCUCCCUUUCUCUGCUGAAAGGCUCAAGUAUCUCCGCACUCCGUUCACUCAGCUGCUCUUUGCUGGAAGGACAAUGUGGGACUUGAGUGCCUGAGAUUUGGGACGCAGCAGAUUGCCCUGUGUUUGUACACGGGAGUCCCUUUGUGCUCCGCCAGGUCUCACAGCAGACACCCCCUUGGCUUGUUUCUCUUCAAGCACCCUGGACUCGCUCCGCAUUGCCCCAGCCUCCCCACCAGCCUCUCCCCUGGAGAGGAAGGAUGGGACGGCUCUUACUCAAGGACUGGAAGAAGUGAGGGAAGGGCCCUCACAUCCCUCUCUCUCCUCUCUUUUGAAAACUGCUUUUACCCCCCCUACCCCCACCCCCCAAAGCCGUUUAGGACAAAUUUGGACACAGCUAGCUGCCACCACACAUGCUUGGCCAAUGGGAGGGACAAGAAAAGCUUCAGCAGAGCUCUUCUCCUCUCAAGGUUCACACAGGAUCCGCUGGUCACCACAUCUCACUGCGUUCCCCAUCCUCCACCCCAGUGCAAAGAACCACUGCCGGGUCCAAGCAUGCCCUCCUCCCCCCCAACACGUCCACGUGCAUGCCCCUGUGCCUCCCACUCACACCGUUGUACAGAGACCAAGAGCAGAACUCGUUUGUACAUAAUGAACCUUAUUUUGUAUUAUUGCUGAUCCCUUAAGAUAUUGUAUUUUGGAGACUCUCAGAUCCUAUUUUCAGUAUUGUAUUUUAUUAAGAAUUAGUGCGGGCUUGGCAUCUAUGGACUUCCUUCUUGUUAGCCGCUCACUUUCCCCUUAUACUCCAGUAGCUGCCUCUUCCCUCCCGUUUUUUGUUUUGUUUUGUUUUGUUCUGCUUUUCAAGCCACCUUUUCCUCUCCUCCUAUCACUUGCUCUGCAUUCGCUUAGAGAAGCAAAAUAAAAAUAAAAUAAAAAGAUGCAGCAUCAA